AUGAAUACGAUCUUUAUAGACGACGGAUCUGAAAAUGAGCCUACUAGUGACUCUAAGCUCAGCAGCGAGAGCUCAGAAGAUAAGAGUAACUCGGAUGACGAAUUUCACGCGGAUAAGGAUAAGGGCCAGCUACCCCCGGAACACUAUAUAGCCGAGGCUUCAAGCUUAGAUAUCUCUUAG